AAUCUUACAGCAACUGAUAUUACAAAGGUUCUUCAAGAUUUGAUAGAUCUGUCAGACCCGAUAUUUGGUGCAAAUAAUAAAGAAGAAAUUACUUUAAUGAAUAAAGAAGAAACUACUAUGGAAUUUGAUA